AACUUGAGAUCCUUCUGUCUUAGCCUCCCAAACCACUGGGAUUACAGGUGUGUGCCACUACACCUGGCAAUAUUUUCAAAGUCUAAUCUGUUGUUCUUUGGUGGGAGAUUUUAAUCCACUUCCACUUAAAGUAAUCACUCAUAAGGGGGUACAUAUGUCAUCGUCCUAGUUUUCUGUUUUACAGCUCUCAUUUCCUGCAGCAUUGUCUUUUGUGUUUGAUUUUUUGCAAUGAAACAAGUUCCUUUCUCAUGUCAUUUGUUUAUAUUAAUAAAAUCUUUGAAGGUCAGGCCUGCAGUAGUCUCCUGGAGAAAAAGUUUAUGAAUUUGACAGUUUAUUUAGGAAAGAAUCUUAAACUGAAUCUGGAUGACAGUUUCCUGCUGGUGAAAAUGAAGAUGAUGGAGUUUGUUUAAGUCAGCUUUUUUGCCACUGUGACCAAAAGACCUAAUGAGAACAAUUUUAGAGGAGGGAAUGUUUAUUUGGUGCUUAUGGUUUCAGAGGUCUCAGUCCAUAGAUGACUGACUGUUGCUCUGCGCCUCAGAUGAGACAGAACACUAUGGCAGAAGGCUGAGGAGGAGAAAAGCAGCUUAGAACAUGGCAGUCAGAAAGCAGAAAGCUCUGCUCACGGUAGAGGCAGCCCACAGUGACCUACCUCCUCCCACCACACUCUACCUGCCUACUGUUACCACCCAGUUAAUCCUUUCAAGUUUAUUAAUGCACUGAUUAGGUGAAGGCUCUCAUUAACAGUCAUUUCACAUCUAAACUCUUUGCAUUGUCUCACACAUGAGUUUUGGGAGAUACCCCUUAUCUAAGCCAUAACUGCUUCCUCGCUGUGAGGAAAGGACAGCAGGGCAUUGUGAGUUCCCAGAGUUAAAUUCUUAGGUUUCUCUUCCUCAUCAGGGACGGAUCCACUCUGGACCAUACAUUGCAGCAAUCAGUCUGGCACCCAAGCUUGGGAAUAUGUUUCACUUCUGAAUGCAGGUUUGCUUGUGAACUGGAUGUGAAAUAGAUUGCUUGCCUAAAUUAGUUUUUCUUUUUGGUUGCCUUAUAGUGUAUUGUUGCCAUAGUUCUGAUUUUAAAAAAAGGUUCCAGUUUUUCCAUGCAUUUACUCAUUUCAUUCCCUGUUGGUGUCUUUUAUUUUCUUGGUCUAAAAUGAAUAGAUUUGAGGAAACCUUGAACCUGCUCCCUACAGGCUCUUCCCCACUUGCUGCCCUCUGUAGGACAUCAGGUUUGAGAUCCCUCCAGUUCCAGUCUGGCCUCUUCUUCCAGAAGCAAGAAGUGUCCCCUGAAGACGCCGGUGCCUGCUGCCAAAAGUCUAGAGCAAACUGUGUUAAAUGCAAACGUCCUCCCGCAGGCAGGAAGCUGGCCAGAGGAGGACUGUGGUCCAACACCAGUCCUGCAGUUCGGUCGUGGUAUCUUUUUCCUCGCGUUUCUCCUGUCACUCAGGACCACAUGGGCGGGGCCCGGGUGCUGUCCAAUCAGGACCGAGGAGGCUGGGCCGUGCGCAAGGUCCAAUCUCGCGCGGGUCCCGAGUGGAGGAAGCGGCGUUCCCCAGCCGGGUGGGCGCCUUCCUUCUCCUGGGCGUCUUGGUUCCUGCGGGCGCCCGGGUGACUCUAGGGCAUUCUCCGUCGCGCUGUAGGCUGUACUGACUGUCGGCCCCGUAGGGAUGAGAACAGGUGACCCCCAAAGCCGGGAAAUGGACUCAGUGACUCUUGAGGAUGUGGCUUUGAACUUCACCCAGGAGGAAUGGACCUUGCUAGAUCCUUCCCAGAAGAAACUCUACAGAGAUGUAAUGUACGAAACCUUCAGGCACCUGACCUCUGUAGGGAAAAAAUCAGAAGACCAGAUGGUUGACAGUCAAUACAAUAACCAUGAAAGAAAUAACAGUGAUAUGGUGGAGAAAGAGUGUGAAGAUAAUCCUGGUGGUGAAAUCUUCAGCCACAUUCCACAUCUUACUUUGAAAAAGAAAACUCCCAGAAUAAAACCAUAUGAAUCUGGUGUGCAUGGAACAGUCUCCACGCAUCAUUCAUUUUUGAACAAGCACUCAAGAUCUUACACUGGACACAAACCAAAGGAGUGGAGAGACUAUGUAGAGAGGCCAUAUACAUGUAAGGAAUGUGGGAAAGCCUUCAGGUAUGGCUGUUAUCUUAGAAUACAUGGAAGGAUCCACACUGGAGUGAGACCCUAUGAGUGUAAACAAUGUGGACAGACCUUCACAUAUCACCAGACCUUGCAGGCACAUGAAAGGACUCACGCUGCAGAGAAGCCCUAUGAAUGUAAACAGUGUGGGAAAGUGUUCAUUUCUCUCAUAUCUUGUCAAAGACAUGAGAGGAUUCACAUUAGAGAAAAACCCCAUGAAUGCAAGGAAUGUGGUAGAGCCUUUAUUUAUCUUGCAAGCUUUCAAAGACACGUGAUAACUCAUAGAGAUGAACCUUAUAAACACAUAAAAUGUGGGAAAGCCUUUGACCAUCCCAGUUCAUUUCAAGUACAUGAAAGAACUCACACUGGACAGAAACCCUAUACAUGUAAGGAAUGUGGGAAAGCCUUUAUUUCUCUCACACGUGUACGAUGUCACAUGUUUGUUCACACUGAAGGUGAACCUUACAAGUGUAAGAAAUGUGGGAAAGCCUUUGACUGUCCCAGUUUACUUCAAGUACAUGAACGAACUCACACUGGAGAAAAACCCUAUGAAUGUAAGGAAUGUGGGAAAGCCUUUAUAUCUCUUACACGUGUACGGAAUCACAUGAUUAUUCACAAUGAAGAUGGACCUUAUAAAUGUAAGGAAUGUGGGAAAGCCUUUGAGUAUCUCAGUUCAUUUCAAGCCCAUGAAAAAACUCACACUACAGUGAAACCCUAUGAAUGUAAGCAGUGUGGGAAAGCCUUCAUUUCUCUCUCAAACGUUCAAACACACAUGAUUCUUCACACUAGAGAUGGACCUUAUAAGUGUAAGAAAUGUGGAAAAGCCUUUCACUAUCCCAGUUCAUUUCAACGACAUGAAAGAACUCACACUGGAGAGAAACCCUAUAAUUGCAAAGAGUGUGGGAGAGCCUUCACUUCUUCCAGUUCUUUGCAGAUGCAUGAAAGAACUCAUUCCGGAGAGAAGCCCUAUAUGUGUCAACAAUGUGGGAGAGCCUUCAGUUACUCCAGUUCUCUUAGAAGACAUGAAAGAAUGCAUGCUAUAGAAAACUCUGUGAAUGUUAAAAACUGAGGGGAAAAAAUCUUCAGUUACCAUAUGACUUUGCAAGCCAGGCAUGCUGACAUGCCUGUAAUUCCAGGGACUUUAAAAGAGGCUGAGGCAAGAAGAUCUUGUCUCAAAAAAAAAAAAAAAGUUUGCAUCUGAGUUUUCCAGUACAUGAAAUAAAUCACUUUGGAGUGGAAGCUUUAGAAAGAAAGGAAUGUAGGAAGCUGUCAUUUACUUCUCAAGUAAAUACAACAUGCCGCCAAGUAAAUACAUGGUGGACCUUAUAAAUGAAAGGAAUAUGAGAAAGUAUUCAAUUGUCCCAGUUUGUUUCAAAUACAUGAAAGUACCUGCAUAAGAGAGACGCUCUAGGGAUGUAAACUAAGUGAUUAACAACUAGGAUAGUUGUUCCAGUUUAUUUUGAAUACAUAGGAGAAUUCAGUCUGGAGCCAAACAACAAACCUAUUGUUGUCUCAGUUACUCAGUAGGCUGAGGCAGAAGUAUCAAGUUUGAGGCAAGCAUGGACAAAUUAGCAAGACCCUGUCUCAAAAUUUAAAAACAGGGCUGGGAAUGAGUGGUAAGAGCCUACAUGCUUGGGACCAUUAGUUCAAUACCACAUAAACAAAAAAAAGCGCAAACUGGAGAGCAACCCAGUUCAUGUAAACAAUGUGAGGUAGUGUUUAUGUAUUGGAAUGAAGCCACGUUCUAAGGAAUGUGGUCAAGCCUUCAGUAGUCUCACUUCAUCUUGAAACCAAGGAGCAGUCACAUGAGAGGAAACUACUGAUUGUAAACUGUGUGGGAAAGUACUCAUUGCACACUUAGAAAAAUGUGAGAAUGUGCUGUGUGGAAACUCCAGUGGUGUCAAAAAUAGUAGAAACUCUUUAAUUUUAACAAAAGUGAUUUGUAAACUCUCAUUGCAGAGAAUGCUGGAAAUGUAAGUAAUGUGAGAAGAUCUGAUACAAAUUAAUAAGAAUAAAUAUGUUUCCAGUGCUUCAUACUGCAUGUAUCUUGACUAUGGGUUUCUACUUUGCAGAAACUUUUAAGAUGAGGUAGUUCUGUAGAUCGUCUUUAAAUGGGGUUUGUAAAUUUAAUAGUGUUUUUGUUUUCGUGGUGCUGGGGAUGGAACCCAGGGCCUCAUGGUGCUAGUAGGCAAGCACUCUACCAUCCUCCGGUCCCAUUUUGAAGUUUUUUGGAUCUGUGUGGAAACUGAAAAGGCAGGCAGGUUUAAUUUUCAUACAAUUUUAAAGUUGUUUUGUCAGAGCCUUUGAAAAAUGACCCUGUUGGUAUUUAUGGUGGGUAGCUGCUGCUUCAUGUGGCAUAUUCUGGAUAUAUCUUACUGAUUUUUAAAUUGUACCUUCAUUCUAAGAAAAGCUUCCUUUAUUUUAUUUUGGUUGAAAGGGCCUCAGUCUAU